AUGAAAAUAAAUGAUUCAAACAGUUAAUAUAAUAAUGAAGAAAAUAAUGCUUACAUAAAUUUAUUUAAAAAAAAUUAUAAAAAUCUUUUUAAAACAUCAAGAUAUGAUAAGCCAAUAGGUGCUACAUUAUUAUUUUUGCCAUGUACAUGGGGUGUAGUAUUAGGAUAACCAAUAUUUAAUCCACUUUAAUUGGUACAUUUAGUAAGUACACUCUGGUUUGGAUCCGUAGUAAUGCGAGCCGCAGGUUGUAUAGUAAAUGAUAUGUGGGAUAAAAAUAUAGAUAUUCAUGUAGAAAGAACAAAAGAACGUCCACUAACAAGUGAAUAAUUAAACUUAAAAUAAGCCAGUGUUUUACUUUCUUUAAAUUUAACAGGAGGAUUAUUAACUUUGACUUAAUUAAAUUUAUAUUCUAUAGCUUUGAGUUUUUCGAUAGUUCCUUUAUGUGUAAUAUAUCCUUUAUGUAAAAGAUUUACAAAUUAUCCAUAAGUAGUAUUAGGAUUUUGUUUUACUUGGGGUUCUAUAGUUGGAUAUGCAGCAGCUGGUAGUACAUUAUCUCUAUCAUCUAGUGUAAUACCAGCAUAUUUAGGAGGUAUUCUUUGGGUUCUUAUAUAUGAUACUAUUUAUGCUCAUUAAGAUAAAAAUGAUGAUGCGAAAAUUGGUGUUAAAAGUACUGCGCUGGCAUGGGGAAAUUAAACAAAAAAUGUAAUGAAAUUUCUAUGGGUGGCUUAAUUAGGGCUUUUUUUAAUAAGCGGAAAUAUGGCAGAUUUAUGUAUUUAUUAUUAUCCAUGUUGUUUAGCAAGUCAUAUGUAUUUGCUUAGGCUUAUAAAUGAUUUCAAAAUGGAUGAUAGAUAAACUUGUUGGAAAUUUUUUGUCAAUAAUAAAAAUUUUGGGAUUUAAAUGUUUUUGUCAUUUUUGAUAGGAAAGCUAUUUGUAACUUUAAAAGAAAAUGAUGAAAAUGAAAGCGAUAUAAAAUGA